AUGACCUGUGCAACUUACGACCAUUCGACUUUACAACCACAAUGGCUAGCCAUGACUGCUCCAGUUGUACUGGAUGGUACACAGAACCUGUGGGAAAUUAUCGGUCACUCACAUAACCAAGGAGUAAGAGAACGCCGAGAGGAAGAGAGAGACCAAGAGACACAAGAGAACCUCUUUAUUGGAGCUCCAGCUGACAGUGGCCUUACUGCCUGUAAUGGCUGCCAGCCCCGCACAAAGGAAAAUUCCUUGCUUGUAUUAGUUUUGGCAUGGGAAGAUAAGGCAGGAGAAAAAAUUUCUCAUAGGCAUAAGAAAGAAAAGGAUCUCUUGCAUGAAAAUUGCAUGUUGCAGGAAGAAAUUGCCUUGCUGAGACUGGAAAUAGAUACAAUAACAAAUCAGAACCGGCAAAAGGAAAAGAAAUAUUUUGAGGACAUUGAAGCUGUGAAAGAAAAUAAUGAUAACCUUAAAAAAAUUAUUAAACCAAAUGAGGAAACAUUAACAAAAACAAUAGUUCAGUACAGUGGACAACUGAACGAUUUGGCAGCUGAGAACAAAAUACUCAAUUCUGAACUGGAGAAUGAAAAACAAAACCAAGAAAGACUGGAAAUAGAAAUGGAACCAUACCGUUGUAGACUGGCUGCUGCCCUUCGUGAUUGUGAUCAAAGUCAGACACGAAGAGACCUAAACCUUCAUUUCCUGAGAAUAAGACAAGAGUGGAUUGAUUUACAGGACAAAAUGAAGGCUGAUAUGUCUGACCUACAAGCUAUGAAUGAGAUUCUUUCUGAAAAACUUUCUAAUGUUGAAAAUAAAAUCAACAGCCUACAGAUUCAGCUCCAUAACACAACAGAUGCUGUUGAAGAAAAGAAUUUGACUUUGGAAGGUGUGCGAAGAGACCUCAGCCAAACACAGUGUCAGAAGAAAGAAAUUGAACAAAUGUACCAAACUGAACAAAGCAAACUGAAGAAAUCCACUGCAAAGCAGGAAUCUGUGGAGGAGAGAUUAUUUCAACUACAAAAUGAAAAUACGUUGCUUCGACAGCAACUGGAUGAUGCUCACAAGAAAGUGAACAGACAAGAAAAGACAAUCAGUACUCUCCAUGACCAGUUUCAGGCUGUUGCCAGAAAUCUUCGAGCUGAGAGUGAAAAGCAGAGUCUUCCACUACAAGAGAAGAGCAAGGAAUUGCUGGAUAAAUGUAAUUAUUUAAAAAAAAGCAUGGAUCAAUGUGAGAAAGAGAAACCAGGAAGAAAAGAUGACCUUACAGAAGCACAGGAAACUGCACAUUCACAAUGUCUACAUGUGGACCCAGUGAUUCUUCUUCGGCGGAUGCUAUUCUCUGCGACAGCAUUAAGAAAGAAAUAUAAAACACUACAGAAAGAAAAUAUGCAGCUGAAACAGGAAAUUAUAAGUCUCAAAAGUAAUAAUGAGAGAAAUACAUUAAAACGUGGUGAAGCUGAACAGUAUGAAGUGCUGAUUGGAGGAAGAUCAGGACAGAAGAUACUAGAAAAGUUAAACGAAAUGCAUCUCCUCUUGCAGGCUCAAGCAGCAUCUCUAGAACAGUUCCUGCAAAGGGACAAUGAUUGUGCUUCAGAAAGAGCUCAGAUGCAACUGAAAAUCCAAGAUCUGGAAUCUGAACUCUCCAGAAUAAAAACUUUGCAAGCUGCUGCUAAUAAAACAGAAUUACAAAGGUUUCAGGAACUCUACCUAAAAGAAGCAAAAGCUGUAAGAUCCUUGUCAAAAGAACUGAGAAGAACCAGUGAGAGGAUAGUAGAGGCCAGUACCCAGCUUACUGUGAAGAAAGAGAACAGAUAUCCAGCCACUGCUUCUCCUACAAGGCCAGUCCCGGAGUCACCUUUUGUUGGAAGUCUUAAUGACAGUGAAGCUCUCAACAGAAGACAUAUUCAAAGAAGAAGCAGAUCUUCACAUGAAAGCAUGGAGAGCCUCUUGUUGAGGAUGCAGCAGCAGUUGGAAUAUGAUAUACCUUUAGGAGCAGCAGCUGCUACUGAAAGUCAACCUGGAUCCCAUAUAGCUUCUCCUCUAGGAUUUGCACACAGGGCAAAUGUGAAUGUAGACCCAGUUUCAGAAGCAGCAAGAGAAUAUGCCCAGGUUUUGUACAGAAAAUACAAGAUCUGGUGA